UAACAUCAGUUCGUGUAUAACACACGCGCAGCAACGACAAUUUUUCCACACAGUACACUUUUGUAUGCAGUGAAAUGACAGCUAGACAUAUCCAAUUUAUACAAUAUAAACAAAGCGAAUAGACGUAGCUUGUCUACUAAUUUCACAAUAAUUUUUGUUUUGUUCAUUUCAAGUGUGUUUUUAUCGAAAAAGUGCCUAGAAAAUUUCCAUUUCGAUCAAAAUCAAAGUAAUCGUCGAAAUUGUCUACGUUGUAAACGAAUCACAGCGAAUAGAACACAUCAAAAAUGGUUGUGAAUGUCGAAAUACCAGAAGUUAGUGGAAAUAUGACAGAAACCACACCACCACCACAAAAAUUCAGCUUCUCCACAUUGACAACGAAAAUCCCACGAUUCAAUGAAAUCUGGUCAUUUAUUCGGCAAAAUUUGCGACCAUGGUCCGAAUUCUUCAAUUUCAACAAUUUCAAAUCGAUUGGAAACUUUCAGCGAUUGUCCAGCCGAUUCUUGCGAAACUGCAAUUAUUUCCUCAUGAAUUAUUUGGCUGUUAGCUUUGUGCUGGUUCUCUACUGUUUAAUAACAUCGCCGUUGAUUUUACUUGUAAUUGGAGGUUUGAUGUAUGCCAGCUAUCGAGUCCGACAAAUUCAAGGCCCAGUCGUUCUUUUCGGCAAAUUAUUCAGCGUCAAUCAAUUGUGCAUCGCAUUGAAUAUAGCUGGAAUACCGAUUUUGUACUGGUUUGGCGCUGGAAAUAUCAUGUUUUGGGUCGUGGGUGCUUCAACAUUGGUUGUCGCAUUGCAUGCCUCAUUCUAUAAUAUUGAUGCUAUUGUGACUGAAGAGUUUGACGCGUUCCUUGCCGAUUCAGAAACCGUUUAAAUAUCACGAAGCCUUGUUUUUGGAAUCAUAAUUUAUUGGUGCUGAUUAGCUUCCUUUGUUCAUUGAUAUCAUAGUUAUCAAUUAUUUUUGAUGAUAAAUUUAAUUCCAUGCAAUUUGGAGUAAAAACAUAUCAAUUUUUCUAACACCAGUCAAAUUAAUAACGAUACUAACCUAUAUUUAGAUUACAACCUCUGUAGUUUUAGUUAUCUGAGGCAUUCUUAUGAUUUAAUUGAUAAUCUCCAAAUGUAAUGUAAUGUAAGAGAACUAAACGAAAUGAAACAAAUUGGUCGAAAUUGAAUGAGAUAUGUUGAUUGUGUUUGUUCGUUGGUUCGAAUGUAAAUAUAUGAAUUUUAAUAAAGAAAAAUGAAAUGUUUCCAGAAGAAGAAAAA